UACCGACUGGAACGGGCAGAAGUGGGUGAGCCUGCCAAAGAAGGACUGAAGACUGAUCCAGGAAGUGGGAGCAGACCUUUGGUGUUCCAUCUAAAAAGUCAUUGCCACACCCAAAUUUAUCUAGGUUUUUUUUUCUCCUGUGGUAUCUUCUGGGAGUUUCACAGUUUUGCAUUUUAUACUGAGGUCUGUGUUCCGUCUUGAGCUAAUUUUUGUGAAGGGCGUGAGGUCUGCCUGACCCGUUUAUUGAGGCCAAAUCUCAGGAUUGUGGUGAGAAACCCUGAAACAGAAACAAGAGAUAGUAACAGGGUAUUUAGGAUAUUGAGGAGUAGAAACGUUUUUGAGGCAGUUUUUUAUGUCAUCCAUGACUUCACACACACACUUGUUAUACAGCUAAUGCUCCAGGUUGGUUUGGAAAAGGAGAGGACAGUAUUUCUUUUCUGAAAACUCUGUUAACCUUGUUUUGAAAUGAGUAUAAGCUGUUUCCCAGGGUCAGAAACAGUCGCACACAGAUCUCUGUAAUCUGGCGCAUGUGACCCACACUUUCAGAUGGCAGCCUUUGCUGCCAAUGUAGAUAAGGUUUGUUGCAUUUUGGGGGGAAUGAUGUUUGCUAUUUAUGUUUCUGUUUUGCCUCUCGAUACAUCUUUUGACCAAAGUCUGUAAUGGUCACUAUUCCAUAUCAGCGGAGGGUGUAAAAGCCUUCAGGAGUGUUCGUGUGAAAGUAGAAUGAAUUAGUAGGCCAAGGGGUGCGUAGGGCAGCUAGUGAGAGAGACAGUCCUGGGCAAAGGAUUGUGCAGAUAUUAUAUACAUUACUGCCUUUAUCCUACUGUUUUCUCGUCCUUGAUUUGUUGGCUGACUCCUCGAACACGAUGGAGUUAGAGAAUACAUUCCCCAGUCACGUGAAUUGCAGCUUUUCAGAAAGGCGAGCCACAGAACAAUUUUAUCCUGACCUGAUGUCAUUAGAUUCUAGAGUCUGCUGUCAUCACAUUCUGUGUUAUUGCCAUGUUAAUUCCACGUGGAGCUUAAACAUUCAGUCUUCUGACCUGUUCCACCUACACAGGGCAUUUUAUGGCUUAAGGAUGAUGGCUUAGAAAGGAAGGGAGAGAUUUACUUUGGAUUAAAUUCAACAUGGGAAAAUGCUUAAGGUAUAUUACAGCUAAUACUGACACAGAAGAACAGAGUUUUCCUGUCCCUAAGGCAUUUAACACACACAUAGAGGAAUUAAAUUUAGAUGUCCUUCUUCAGAAGGUUGAUAAUUUACGUAUGAAUGAAUCUAGCAAGAUGGAGAGUUUUGAACUACUUUGUGACCACAAAGAAAAGUUUAGAGAUGAAAUAGAGUUUAUUUGGAGGUUUGCUCGCGCUUAUGGAGACAUGUAUGAGCUAUCUACGAAUGCACAAGAAAAGAAACAUUAUGCUAAUAUUGGGAAGACAUUGGGGGAAAAAGCUAUUACUAGAGCGCCCAUGAAUGGGCAUUGUCAUCUGUGGUAUGCAGUCUUGUGUGGCUAUGUGUCCGAGUUUGAGGGCUUACAAAAUAAAAUCAACUAUGGACAUCGCUUCAAGGAGCAUCUGGAUAAAGCAAUCCAGUUUUUACCCGAAGAACCUUUUUUGUAUUACCUCAAAGGAAGAUACUGUUAUACUGUCUCGAAACUGAGCUGGAUUGAGAAAAAAAUGGCUGCUACUCUGUUUGGAAAAAUACCAUCCUCAACUGUAGAAGAAGCUUUGCAAAAUUUCCUUAAGGUUGAAGAGCUACACCCUGGUUUUUCUAAGUCCAAUUACUUGUUCUUGGCCAAGUGUUACAUCGAUCUUGAACAAACAGAUGACGCUGUGAAGUUUUGUAAUUUGGCAGUAUUGCUCCCUUGUGUUACCAAAGAGGAUAAAGAUGCACAGAAAGAAGUGAAAAAAAUAAGCACUUCCUUGAAGAGGUAAAUAAAAGAACUCACUCUUCAACAAAUCAGAUGUGGUCUACUAAACUUUGAACUAAUCCAAGUGGCGUUUUUUAUUAUCCCUUUUUCUUUUCUGAUGUAAGGGUAAUGUGCUCAGAUUUGAAGGUAAAACCAUGUUUCUGCAGCAUGCAUCCCACUAGUAUCACUGCGAAACUAAUAAUGUUACUUGGAGAAGUCGAUUUCGCAUAAUGUCAGUACAAAAUGAUCUUUAAACACGUAUGAUUUCUAUUUUUCCUACCAAUAAACUAUAGUCUUCAGAAUAUUUCUUUAAAUAAAAUAUUUAAAUCAAUUCAAUAAAA